CUGCGGGUCAUGGAAAGGGUAAAUCUCUAUAUUUAGAGGCCUCCUGGUGCACAGGGUCUUUCCUGAAGAAUUCGAUAUAUGUGACCUGCACGCGACAUUGCCAUGGCCGGCUCAGAUCGGCCUAACUCCACAGUACUUAUGAUUCUUCACAUUGACAAUCUGCGAGCGAAACAGCAGAAAACAAGAACAAAUAGAAACAAAAUUCAUUGAUUGGCUUCUAAGAAACAACAUAAUGUUGAAUUUUACAGGUACAACAAAAAAACGGGUGGUCAAUCUUGGAGACAAGCGAGGUGGCAACAAGGGCAGAUCGUUUCUCGAGCAGGCCAAGAACAACCGGCUACAACGAGAAUCCGCACGUCAAAGAGAAAAACGCAUCAUUUUGAUCCAGCUGUAUGUGCGUAGUCUAUUGGUUCUCCGUAGCGCUGCGCUGGAACUAUCAGAGGGAUGGAAGGAAAAUGGCAUAGGCAACAAUCCAGGUCGUUGGUGUCUGGAGACUUGUUUCAUUAUUCGCUAUGGAUCACAGCAACUACUAAGCAAUGUGUAUCAUAUUGUCAAUGCAGUUAUCGAUAGUCUGGAGGGCAUAUUUUCUUCACAUCAAGUGGCCAUGCUCAUCAAAGCGUUGAACACGGGAUUGUCCAGAGGAAUUUUACCUGGUUUGGCCCUCGAUUGUCUUCUCAGACUUCUUGCUUUAUACCCCAUCCCGAAAGAUGUCCCCAAUGCACUAAAUUCUUUGAUCGGCAAUUUGACAAAGGUUGCCACUUCUGAGAAUAUGCAUGAUGUGAUCCAACUCAUCUUCGAGAUCAACUCAGCAGAUUCCAUCGAGGCAUUUGUAAGGUUUUUAGCCAACGUACCUCGGGGCUCUUUUUUGGAAUCUAAGCGCUUUUCUAAAGUUGCUCUGGAGUGCCUACUUAGUGACCCAGCAUUAUCGGCCAUACGACAGCUCUCAGAUUUCGAACGAGUCUCCUUGUUAUUGAAUGUAUUGAAAUUGAACCUGUCCCACUAUGCUACUGAAGAUUUCUUAACCCAUGCCAAAAUUCUUUCGCAGAUUGAUUCGAGGAUAGUCUCCGAGAGUCAGAGUGGUCAUCUUCGUGCAAGCCUCUCGUCACAGAUGGUCACUGCUACCUCUCUGGAAUUUGACAUAUUGCUGGGACUACUUUCUUCCAGCUAUGUUAGACUGGCGUUCAAUUACUUGUGUCAAGUGGACGCUCCUUUGUGCGUAAAAACCAUGUAUCAACUUUUGCAUUUAUUUCCACAAUCGAGGACAUCCCUUUGCAUGAUAAUGUCUAUCACGCCAAACUUGCCCAGGUUGUUCUUUGACUUGUCAUCAAAAACCCCUCAAUAUAUUGUACAUGCAUCAACAGAAGGAAAUACAGAGGAGCAUGUCUCUUUAGAGCAUAUUCCAACUGAAGAAGAUAGAGUUCUCUUUGAGGAGCUAAUCUAUACCUACAACCAAAUAUUAUCUUCUUGGCUCGUGGUGUCUAAAGACACAGAGAGUUUUAAAGGAAACAAUUUUCCUUUGACUAAUGUUAAACUUCAUUGUCGCUUCUUGAAAUCGUUUUGCUAUUCUCUACUAAAAUCUUCGCGAGGAAAUGAUUCACGAUUAACUGACUUGAAGGAGAUUUCAAUUUCGGUGUUAAAUCAGCUAUACAUCAAGAACUUGCGUCUUCAGUUUCUCCCCCAAGGAUCAUGGAAAGUCGAGGGCUUAGAGUUGCAUCUGAGAGACAUGGUAUUAGAACUGGAGGACAAUGAAGACCUUGAUUCUUCAGACGAAGAAAAUGAAGAAAAUGAUAAUUUCGAGCACCUGUCUUCUUCAAAUUCACGCUUGAGAUUUGGAUCCCAUCAAUCUUUUGAGAAAGAAGUGUUGAACAAGGUUCCAUUCUUUGUGGAUUUCACUACACGUGUCAAAAUCUUUCAGAAUUCCAUUCAAGCAGAAAAAGCCAAGUCUGGGCUGAAUCACAUGGCAUUCUUCAGCGAUGAUUUGAAUCUGCAUAAAUUGGCUGCAGAUAUCAAUCGAGAAUCCCUAAUUGAAGAUGCCUUCGAAAACUUUUUCCGCUUGGGAAAGAAUUUUAAAAACCCCUUACUGGUAACAUUUUACAACGAGCAUGGACCAGAAGCAGGGAUUGAUGGUGGAGGACUCACCAAAGAGUUCUUAACUUCUGUGGUGCAAGAAGGCUUCAAUCCAAGAAGUGAUAUUUCGUUGUUCAAGGAGUCUUCAUCCUGUAGUCUUUAUCCAAAUGACGAUAUUUUUUGGAACACGAUCAACAAUAUCCAACUCCCGACCCAACGAAAGAGGCUCAUGUAUACGAAAUUUCUAGGAAUGAUCAUCGGGAAAUGUCUAUACGAAGAGAUCUUGAUCGAUAUUACCUUCGUGCCCUCAUUUCUCUCAAAAUGGAGAGUUGCUCAAAACAAUCUGAAAAACUCAAUUGAUGAUUUGGUAUUCUUAGACCCUGAGUUAUACACAAACUUGAACAAGCUUCUAGAGAUGAAUGAGGGACAGCUCGAAAGUCUAGAUCUUAAUUUUACCAUCGAUGAAGUUAUUGGUAACUCAAGUUACCUGUUCGAUUUACUGCCACCAAACGGCGCACAGGAAACGGUAACACAAUCUAACAGGUUAAGCUAUAUUCACAAAGUUUCACACUUUAAGUUGAACCAAUCUCUCCACCUUCAGACUAAGCACUUUCUCGAGGGCUUGUUCCAAUUAAUUAAGCCCAGCUGGCUUAAUAUGGUUGACCCUCUUGAGCUCCAAAUGCUUAUCAGUGGCGGACAUGAUAUUGAUUUGGAAGAUUGGAAGUUUAAUGUCCGGUACGGAGGAUAUUUCGACGAUGAUUUAACUAUUAAGUUAUUUUGGCAAGUAGUGGAGGAAAUGACUGCGCAAGAAAGAUGUGAUUUGGUUAAAUUUGUCACGUCUGUUGCACGAGCUCCUCUACUAGGAUUCGGAGCGAUGUACCCGAAAUUUGCUAUUAAUAAUGCUGGGUCGCCCGAUCGUUUACCCACGGCCUCGACAUGUGUUAACUUGCUUAAACUUCCUGACUACAAAGACAAAGUCUUGAUACGUCAAAAAUUGUUAUACUCGGUAUACGCAAAUUCUGGUUUUGACUUAUCAUGAUCUAGUAACAACUCUGCGGGGAUGGAACUGAACUCAUGGCGUGCUAUCAAAGAAUUAAGACUACGAAGUGUCCUUUCCA